AGCAUCCGGUGGUCCGCGUGGCCUCACAGAUCGAGUUGAGGAGCCGACGAUGCUGCUGGUGUUGGUGCUUUGUGUGACUGUGGUUGGGGUUCAGGGAGAUGGCUUUCAGUCGCAAUUUAUGGACCCCGCGUGGGAGGAGGUGCUCUCUGCCGGUGGCAUCCACAUCGGCAGUGGAAGAGCCAAGCGCUUCGUCGAAAUGAAUGCAAAUCAGCCUAACGAGCCGCACCAGGCCUGUCUCCUGCCCAACGGCAAGGCGGGCCACUGUCGCCACCUGCACUUCUGCGUCCAGGAGGACUUCAAGAAAGACUUCACCAAGUUUAUGGACUACUUGUGCAUCAUACAGCGCACUUCCAUCGGAGUAUGCUGUCCCGACGAGCUGGCAGACCUUCGCGAAGCCAGCCUAGCUGGGGACCUCCCCGCCACCGCACCAAGAGAGGAGGCCAACGAGGCCAUCCUGAAGGUCACAAGGGCAGAGAACAGAGGUUGCGGUCUGAGCACGCGGCCUCACGGGCGAGUGACAGGCGCCAGGCCUGCCAACCCUCGCGAGUGGCCUUGGAUGGCCUCCAUCACGCCUGUCGGCUUCGAGCAGUACUGUGGGGGCGCCCUUAUCACCGACAGACAUGUACUCACAGCCGCGCAUUGCACGAGGAGAUGGAAAGCAGAAGACCUCCACGUGAGACUAGGAGAGUACGACUUCCACCGCACCAACGACUCCCGAUCCUACGACUUCAGAGUGGUAGAGAUCCGUCAGCACGUGGACUUCGAACUACCCUCGUAUCACCACGAUAUAGCCAUACUGAAGCUGCACAGGCCCGCUGUGUUCAACACCUACGUCUGGCCCAUCUGUCUGCCGCCGAUGGGAAUGGAUAUCACGGAUCAGAACGCUAUUGUUAUUGGUUGGGGCACUCAAUGGUACGGCGGGCCCCACAGCACCACCUUAAUGGAGGUGACGGUACCAGUGUGGCCUCAGCAGAGCUGCGUAGAGGCAUUUGUUGAUUCCAUCUUCGAUGAGAGCAUCUGUGCAGGAGGCCGUGAGGGAGGAAAAGACUCUUGUCAGGGCGACAGCGGCGGCCCCCUAAUGUACCAAAUGGACAGCGGGCGCUGGACAGUGGUGGGGGUGGUCUCGUGGGGCAAAGGGUGCGGGGAGCGCAGCCACCCCGGUAUCUACACACGCGUCGACAGAUACCUCGGCUGGAUCGUCGAUAACGUGCGCUUCUGAGCGCAGCACUAUUGUCGAUGUCAAUCGCCUUUGAUGUGCCUACAGCACUAGCCAACAACGGACAAAGAAUUUUAUGAUUGUCAACCGGUUUGAAUAAUAGAAAUAUGAAUUCACCACAAGAAUUGCAAGUCCAUGAUAUACGAAUAGUUUUAUAAUUUUCCAUAGUGAUCAUUAAACUAAAUAAACCAAA